AUGGCUUCUGCUGCAACUCAAGGUGCUACUACAUCAGAGAAUGCUACGUCUUUGUCUUCACAAGAUUCACCAAUGAAUGAUCCCCUAUUCUUGCAUCAUGUAGAGAGCCCGAGUACAAUUCUUGUCACUCAGCCUUUGAUUGGUGGAGAGAACUACUCAGCAUGGGCUCGAGCUAUAAGGAAAGCGUUACUCACCAAGAACAAACUGGGAUUUAUUGAUGGUUCACUCACUUUAUCAUCUCCAAUGGUGUCUACUCCUUCAGCUAUUCAAGCUUGGAUUAGAUGUGACAGCAUGGUUGGAACUUGGUUGACCAACUCAAUGUCACCAAAACUUCAAGCAAGUAUCAUAUAUGAGGACACGACUUUGGAGAUUUGGACUAAUUUGAAGAAUCGGUUUGCUCAGAGUAAUGGACCAAGAAUUUACAAUCUUCAGAAAGAAAUUGUAGAUUUACACCAAGGUGAAGUUCCCAUAACUGAGUUUUUUACUCAAUUGAAAGUGCUUUGGGACCAAUUGCAAAGUUUAAGUCCAUUUCCUUCAUGUACAUGUGGAAAAUGUGUGUGCAAUGUGAAUAAGAGGCUUAGUGAUCUACAAGUUAGAGAGUCAGUGAUGAAAUUUUUAAUGGGCUUAAAUGACUCUUUUUCACAAGUAAGGUCUCAAGUCUUGCUCAUGGAUCCUUUGCCCUCUGUUAGUAAAGUUUAUGCUUUGUUGAUUCAAGAAGAGAUGCAGAGAUCAGUUCCUAAUCACUCUGGUGUAAAGGUUGAUUCAACUGCUCUGGUUGCAAAGAUGCAAAACUUCAAUGCUGGUAAUCCUUCUGGUGGUAAUGGUGUCAAGGGCAAGGACAAACUUGUUUGUACCCAUUGUGGCAAGACUAGCCAUAUAGUAGACAAGUGCUAUAGAUUACAUGGCUUUCCACCUAGGUUCAAGCUCAAGAAUAAGCCUUCAAUGGCUCAUCAAGUUUCAGCCAUUCAAUCACAGGAGUUCAGCCUUUACUCCAUGAAAGUUCAAAUAGUCUUUCUCACAGAAAUGGAUAUGGUGAGAAAAGGUUUUGGUAAAAAGCCUCUUAAGGAUUUAAGAAUGGAGAGGAAGAGAGUUGAGGAAUUUUAA